GCGUCCGGGGCCCGCCCCAUCGCUGAGGUCUCCAAUCGCCGUAAGGGCACCUCCCCUGCCACCCUGCGCCCGGCCACCAAUAGGCAGUGAGGGCCGGCCUCAGGUCGCUCCGCCCCCGCGGGACGCUUGAGACUUUGGAUUGGCCAGUUAGUCUGCGACGUGGGCGCUACUUCCUCUCCUAUUGGCGUAUCGAGCGCGGGGCGCCCAACGCCCAUUGAGAGAGGAGGUUGGGAGGGCGGGACUGCGUGGCGGGCGGAAAGAAUGGAGCGCGAGCGAGGGAUGAAAUGGUCUGACCUUGGGAAUGCAGGGGGACCACUUCCAACGCGUCUGCCCAAGUUCUGAGUCACCACAUAAUCGAACAGAGGUGUCACCUUAGACUUAGCUCAGUGGCGCUCCUGGUGCAGUGAAGCCCCUGCAAGUUCUGGGCUGCGGUGAGGUCCUGCCCCAAAGGGGCCUGCACCCCCGGCCAGUCACGCUGCCACACGGCUCCCGGGCGGCGCGAGACGACGGCAGGCACGCGGAAUUGGUGCCCCUGGGCAGUCGUUUGUGUCGGGUCAUCCCGUUGAAGACAUGGACUUGGACCAACUGGACCUAAAUCCCAGAAUCGUCGCCGCGGUGAAGAAAGCCAAGCUGAAGUCAGCGCGGGAGGCGCUGCGGUUCUCGGGGCCAGACCUGCAGAGACUGACCGGCCUCUCGGGCCCCGACGUGCAGCACCUGCUGAGAGCCGUGUCCUCACACCUGCGGGGAGGCAGCGUCUCCACAGCGCUCCAGCUGUACCGGCAGGAGGAGGAGUUCCCCGAGCAGCACCAGCGCCUGAGCCUGGGCUGCCCGGUGCUGGACGGGCUCCUCCGCGGCGGGCUGCCCCUGGACGGCGUCACCGAGCUGGCCGGCCGCAGCUCCGCGGGGAAGACCCAGCUGGCCCUGCAGCUCUGCCUGGCAGUGCAGCUCCCGCGGCGGCACGGGGGCCUGGGCGCCGGGGCCGUGUACGUGUGCACGGAGGGCGCCUUCCCCAGCCGGCGUCUGCAGCAGCUCGUGGCGCAGCAGCAGCUCCUGCGGCCGGAUGUGCCGGGGGACGUGCUUGGGAAGAUCAAGUUCGGCGACCAGAUCUUCGUGGAGCACGUGGCCGACGUGGACACCCUGCUGGACUGCGUGAGUCGGAAAGUGCCUGUGCUGCUGUCGCGGGGCAUGGCCCGCCUGCUGGUCAUCGACUCGGUGGCAGCCCCGUUCCGCUGUGAGUUUGCCGGCGCAGACUCGGCCCGCAGGGCCAGGCGUCUGCAGGCGCUGGGAGCCGAGCUGCGGCGGCUGAGCUGCGCCUUCCGGAGCCCCGUGCUCUGCAUCAACCAGGUGACAGAGGCCGUGGAUGCGCACGAGGCAGCAGGGGCCGGGGGGGAGCGGGUGUCACCAGCCCUCGGAAUAACCUGGUCCAGCCAGCUCCUGAUGAGGCUGCUGAUGGAUCGGCGCCGCCCGGAGGAGGCCGCCCCUGCCCCACCCAGCCGCACCCUGAGGCUGGUCUUCGCCCCGCACCUGCCGCCCUGGUCCUGCUGCUACACAGUCACCACCGAGGGCGUGCGAGGCACGCCUGGGAGCGAGUCCUGCUGGACGACUCGCCAGGUUGGGGUCUCGGGGCACACGGGCCUCCCCACCUGAGGACCAGGGUCUGCCCCACCCUCUGGCUCCGGGUGCGCAGUGUUGUCUCCAGGCCGUGAGCACUGCCCCCCACGGCUGCUCCAGGGUCCCUACCUACAGGGGUCCCCCCUCAACGCCCAGCCUCUCAAGGAGCAGCCUUCUCUGUCCUGUGCCCACAUGGCUCCCAUCCUCCUCCCAAAGCCCCCCAGGCCCAUGCCUCAGGCCACAGCGGGCCCCGCUCACCCCCUUGAGGGGGUGUCGGCUCCUGGCCCCCCAUGCACACUGCAUGGCCAGAGCUUCCAGGGCUUCCAUCUGGCACCGGGUGGUGAGAACUCCCCUGCAGGCUGCAGGGCCCAGGAAGGGAGGGGCCAGGCAGAAGUGACGUCAGUGUGGCCUCAGCCGCCAGCCUUGGCUGGAGGAAGGAGCAGCCAGUGCGGCCCUGGUCUGGCCCAUCUGCUGGGAAGCCAGUUCUGGGCACACAAAAGCACGUCCUGGUGUGUCCCAAGUGCCUCCUACAGCCUGGCCCCCAUGGCCAACGCCCAGGCAGGAGCCCCCCCCAGGGGCCUGCGGCGCCUGCACCAAAUGCCAGAACCCCAAUGUCCGGUCGUGGCCACAAGGCGUGGUGUCAGUGUGUGUGACCGCUCAACCCUGCCGGCCUGUCUCGCCUUCACCCAUUGUCGCGGUGUCUGUGUCACCACCUCACCGCCUGGCACGCAGGCCUUGGACAAGGGCACGUGCGAGGUGACGGCCCCCGGCCCCUCGCCGGUUUGCUCUCUGCCAGGCACGGGCUUUGGCACGUGGGCCACGCGCUGUCGGGCCUCCUCAUGGCCCUUGGAGAUGUACAGGACCGCCCACUCAGGCAGAACGGGCCCCAGAGCAGCCCGGGGCGGGGCCGAAGGUCCCUGCCACCCGCUGGUUUGUGCGUCUCUCAGGGCGGGAUCACCGUGUGCGACUUCCAUCGUGUUUUCAGAGCCGUCUGGGGCCCCAGAGAGGUGGCGCGGCGUGUGCUGAGCAGGAAAAGGCUCUUCUGUGGGACUGGCGUUGUACAGAAGGGCCUUUCCACCAAAGCACAGGGACGUUACCACGGGAAAUAAAACUUUAUUCUUGCAACUGGA